UACUCGAACAUAAUUCAUGUGGUUCGUUCGAAGAGGCAGUUUUAUUUUCUUGCAAUGGCUAAGAUACUGCAGAAAUACAUAAAGUUCACGGCCAAAGAGCUGGAACAGUACGCCAGCAACCCGGAAUCCUGCGUGCGGUGCAUCAACACGGACAUGCAUAUGGCCAUGGGUCCGUACGGGAUGGCCAGCUUCAAGCACGCGCUCCACGAGCUCCUCAUCCGCACCAAGGUGGGAUUUUACGAGGCUAGCCUCAACGGCAUAGUCCUAGGCAUAAAAAAUAUAAAGGUGCUGGGCCACACGGCGGGUCUCCGUGCGGACGACCCCACCAUGCACCUAGUAAUUAACGCGAAUUUCUACGUCUUCCGUCCAGAGGCGGGCGCCAUCCUGAACGGGGUGGUACGGCACAUAUCAAAGCACCAUCUCAGCGCCGUAAUCUACCGUGUCUUCAACACCACCAUCCGCUUCAGCAACAAUUGCCAAGGCCGCGAGAACAUCGCCAUGGAUCAGGAGAUUAAGUUUCGCAUAAAGAGCUUCGACAUCAGCAAUGUAAUGCCCUUCAUUGAGGGAGAACUUAUACUCGAGAAUGGCGAUGUUCCUAUGAAUAAAUCCAUUAGGUUUGAAAGCCCUGAGCCUGAGGAGAAAAAAGUCCUGGUGGAGAAAGACCAUGAAAUGUUAGAUGCCCUUUUAGCUGAAAUAAAAGAAGAAACUGAAUCCUCGCCAAAAAAGAAUUCCAAGCGCAAGAAUGGAGAAAACGGUGAAACAACAAAAACGAAGAAAGCGAAAAAAGUUAAAACAGAGAAAAAAGAAAUAAAAAGCGAGCCCAUAUAGCUUUAAAAUCUUUCGUUUUUAACGUAUCUGUGUAGUACAAACUAAAAAUUAUAUAAUGCCGAAAUGUAGAGAUUGGUUAGAAAUUAUUCAAUAAGAUGGAACGUGCUAAUUAUAUUUUUAAAAAUGUAUGCUGACAAUUUAUGCCUUGGUAUCAAACUUUCUUGAUAUUGAUUAUUGAUAUUCGUUUUGAAUAUUUCAGAAGUCUUCGUUUGAUUAAAUAUCUUAAUUAGGUUAUCAUACGUUACCGAUUUCAUCUCCAAUGCCAGUACUAGUACUGACAUUUGGAAAUAAUUAAUUAAAGACAGUUUUUAAAAUGUGAAUAUGAAUACUUUGUAAUACAUAUGUAUUUCAUACAAAUAGAGUCAAUAUUUUACAAUACAUUAAAUACAAUAUGUGUAUCAUA